AUGUCUGCGGCAGUGUGUGGAAGCAAGAGGUCCUUUUUCGAAGAGCUUCCUCCAUCGCCGCCUCUCUCAAAGAGGCUUCGCUGUUCUUCUUCUACAUCUCCCAUUCGCUUCUCUGCUCCUUAUCUUCUCGAUCAGCUUCGCUCUCUCUUCCCUCAGAUGGACCCUCAGGUUCUUGAGAGAGCAUUGGAAGAAUGUGGUAAUGAUAUAGAUGCUGCCGUCAAGUUGCUGCAUGAGCUUCGCAUAGGAUCUGCAGAAGAAAAUUCUGCCUCUGCUGCAGAACAAGAUGAUUCGGUAGCUCAAGGUAUAUUGACUAAUGAUGAAGCUGCAGCUGCUUCUGAGAAUCCAUCAGUUCCCAGCAACCUGCCUGUAGAUGGUGCCGAAUGGGUUGAACUGUUUGUCAGGGAAAUGAUGAGUGCCAAUAGUGUGGAUGAUGCUAGGGCCCGUGCUGCAAAAGUGCUAGAGGUUUUAGAAAAAUCCAUCAGUGCACGUGCUGGUGCUGAGGCAACCCAAAGUUUUCAAAAGGAAAAUAUGCUGCUGAAACAACAAAUUGAAGGACUGAUAAGGGAGAAUACCAUUCUUAAACGAGCUGUUUCUAUCCAGCAUGAACGUCAGAAAGAGUAUGAGGAGCGGAACCAAGAAUUCCAGAAUCUGAAGCAGUUGGUGUCUCAAUAUCAGGAACAGUUGAGAACACUUGAGGUUAACAACUACGCCUUGACAAUGCAUCUGAAGCAGGCUCAGCAAAGCAACUCCAUCCCUGGACGUUUUCAUCCUGAUGUCUUUUAA